AUGGGUAAUACCGAAAGCAAUGUUACUAGUGGCGUUAAGAAGCAGGCAGGGGCUUCUAUGCAACCUAUCUACAAGUUAUGCGAUUUAAAAGGUGGUGGACUACUUGUUGAAUUAAUGAAACGAGCAACUCAGAACAAACAGUUUGCAGAAAUAGACCAUGCAAUUAAAACAAAAGUGGAGCAGUUUUUAUAUAACAAAGGGGCUGGGAGAUAUAUUCCCAUAUCAGACCUAGUCCUGCUUAGAAACAAAGAAAGACCUAGACAUAAACUUUUACCAUCUUUAAAAGCAAUGGAGAACCCUGAUGAGUAUGAGAUUAAGGAUGAAGGUCCUGAAAUUACGGAAGAAGAAUAUAAAAAGAAUCCUCAUCUCUACAGACACGUAUGUUGGAAACUAAAAGAUAGAGGAGCAGUUGGAGAAACAAUAUUACAUCUUUGUCUUCUUAAUGCCACUUCGUUACAUGCUGAUAUUGCCAAGCGCCUGUUGAGAUUCUACCCAAAGCUAAUAAAUGAUAUUUAUAUUUCCGAUGAAUAUUACGGAGAAAAUGUCCUGCAUAUUGCUAUCGUAAAUGAAGACCCAUCGAUGGUGAAGUUUCUACUGGAUGCAAACGUCAACUUCCAAGAACGUUGUUUUGGGAAUUUUAUGUGUCCUGAGGACCAGAAAUCUUCAAGGACGGAUUGUGUGGACCACGAGUGGGUUAAUGUUUAUCCAGAGACAAAUUAUGAAGGUUAUGUGUACUGGGGAGAAUAUCCUUUAACUUUUGCAGCUUGUUUAGGUCAAGAAGAAUGCUUUAGACUGAUGUUAUCAAGAGGGGCAGAUCCUGAUGCACAAGAUACUAACGGCAAUACCGUUCUACAUUUACUUGUUAUAUACCAAAAACUAGAGUUCUUUGAUACUGCUUAUGAAGUUGGAUCAAGCCUAUCGAUUAGAAACGUUUUAAAUUUGACACCACUAACUUUAGCUGCAAAAUUAGCUAGAAUUGAUAUGUUCUUCCAUAUUUUAAAUUUAGAAAGAGAAAUAUAUUGGCAAAUAGGUAGCAUAACGUGUGCGGCUUAUCCUCUAUCUCAAAUAGAUACUAUCGAUAUGGAAACAGGUCACAUUAGUAAAACGUCAGCUUUAAAUUUGGUAGUUUUUGGAGAUAAAGACGAACACUUGGAACUUAUGGAUGGUGUAUUAAUUGAUUUGUUAAAUGCUAAAUGGAAUACAUUUGUAAAAUUCAAGUUUUAUCGUCAAUUUUUCACUUUUGCUUUUUACUUUUUAAUAUCCCUUGUAGCGUUUACCUUAAGGCCCGGACCACCAGUAAAUACUGCUAAAGCAGCAAAUGCCACAAAUGCAACUCUUUCUCAUGUGGCAAACAAAACCAACUUAAAAAAUAUUUCUGUAGAAAUCGAUGAUGAAUAUGAUGUGGAGGAGUGGUGGGACAACUUACAAGAAGAAUGUCGGUUAAUGCAAUUAGAAACACCUGAAGCAAAAAUUAGGUUGGCUGCUGAAGUAGCCAUAACAAUCGGAGCUUUUCUGUAUUUAGGAGCCGCUAUUCGAGAAGCUAGAUUUUUAGGAACCAGGAUGUUUUUUGAGAACCUUAGGACGUCUCCAUCUCGAGUAAUGUUCUUGUUUUCCUGUAUUUUGAUGCUUAUUAUACCUUGGCUAAGACUUGCUUGUGAGGAUGAAAUUGAGGAUACCGUAGCCGUCAUGGUUAUGUUGACAACUGCUCCAUAUUUUUUAUUCUUCUGCAGGGGUUUCAAAACUGUAGGUCCAUUUGUUGUUAUGAUAUACAGAAUGGUUAUGGGUGAUUUAAUCAGAUUUGCUUCUAUUUAUUUAGUAUUUGUAAUGGGCUUCUCCCAAGCGUUUUACAUCAUAUUUUUGUCAUUCGAUAAUCCAUUAACACCUGAAGACGUGGAUGAUUCAGCAACGAAUCCGAUGUCAACACCAAUUGAAUCUAUUAUGGCUAUGUUUCUGAUGUCCAUGACUAAUUUUGGAGAAUAUUAUAACGCUUUUGCUCGCACAGAACACGAAUAUGAAGCCAAGAUCCUUUUUGUUAUAUUCAUGGCAAUUGUGGCGAUCCUGCUUAUUAAUAUGUUAAUCGCUAUGAUGGGAAACACUUAUCAAAAAAUUGCCGAAACUCGAAAUGAAUGGCAAAGACAGUGGGCAAGAAUAGUUUUAGUUGUAGAAAGAGGUGUUAGUCCUCCUGAAAGACUAAGGCAGUUAAUGGUAUACUCUCAACCGAUGUCUGACGGAACAAGAGCUUUAGUCUUGCGUUUAAACCAAUCGGAUGAAGAUAAAGAAGAAAUGAAAGAAAUUUUGGAAAUGAAAAGAAGACAUGAGAGAAAUAUAAAGAAGCGAAAGGAAAAACUUCAAGAAAAUUUAAACUUAAAUGCACCCGUUCCACCACACAUGAAAUUAAAAUAGAUCAAGUAUAAA